AUGCCCUGUGUGUCUGAUGGGGCUCUGGCGGGUGGCACCUCCGCCUGUGGCCUGCGGCCGGCCGCCCAGCCAGCACCCACAGGGCUGCCUGAGACAAUCGGCUUCGUUAGUUUGGGGGAUGGCAAGGGGGCAAGGGUGGAGGAGGGACAGGCUGUCCGUUGGUCAGGAGAUCAAAUGUUCUCAGAGAGAGCUAGCCAGGAGUGGGACACAGGCCCCAUCUCCCAGGGAAACAGCCUCAGGCACUCGGGCCUCAGCCAGCCUCAGCCAGGGAGCAGCGGGCAAGGGGCUAAGGGGAGGGGGGCCCAGUGCCAACUGUUUAAAAGUGCCCCUGUGGCAGUGGCAGUGGCAGUGAGGGGUGCCAGAGGCCCAGUUAAGUUAGUUGAGAAACCGUCCCCGAAACGGGCUGGCCCACGUCUCCAGGCCACAAGGAGCCACACUUGGACCAGACCCCAGGAGAGGCAAGGGCACUGGCUGGUGGGGGGCCACCCCUGCAACCCUGACGCUGAAGGAGCAAACACCCCAGACAGGGGCCUCCUGAAGACCCGAGGAGGGCAGGCGGCAGGGCCCCUGGACACAGACCUCCUCCCGAGAGCUUCCAGACAGAAGACAGAGGUUCCCCCUCAGGCCAAGCGACAUUUCCUGAAGACAGUGGGGAACAGGGAGGAAAAACCAGCCCAUCAUCCGGGAGCAGCACCCCUGGCUGUGGACAGGCAGCACCAGGGGACACGGGUUCGAGCCCUGGUCCGGGAAGAUCCCACGUGCCGCGGAGCAACUAAGGCUGUGCGUCACAACUACUGAGCCUGCGCUCUAGAGCCCGUGAGCCACAACUACUGAGCCCGCGUGCCACAGCUACGGAAGCCUGUGCGCCUAGAGCCUGUGCUCCGCAACAAGAGAAGCCACCGCAAUGAGAGGCCCGCGCACUGCAACGAAGAGUAGCCCCCGCUCGCCGCAACUAGAGAAAGCCCGCACACAGCAGUGAAGACCCAACUGCAGCCAAAAAUAAAUAAAAAUAAAAUAAAUAAACUUAUUAAAAAAAACAGGAAACAAAGUUAGUGCUCAGGCCAUGUACUCCACAAAACCGCCCGCCCUCUGUGCUGCGUUCGGAAGCCAAAGGUGGUCAGGUGAAAGAGCUUUGGAAACAGUCCGGCACCAAGGAAUGCAGGGGGCUGGCCUUAUCAGCUUGCUUCACAGCAGCAAAUGAUCACUUUUUCGGGACGACCCUCCCUGGCUUCUUACUGAAAUCUCCAUGUUGGCCAGGGCGAGCGUUUCCUCUCCAAGAGCUAGUGGGAGCCGUCUGAGAGUGGAGUAGACAGGCUGUGGGCUGUUCAGGACCCCCAAGCUGGAUCCUGAUGUUGGAAUCACUCCCCAGCCAAACGCAGUUUGGAAAGAGUUCCUCCAUGAGAAUUCCAUAUUAGAUGGAGGCAGUUCUUUGGGUGGGAAUACCUGAGGAAGGGGCUGUCCCACUCAGCAGGCCAUCAGGCCUGACUUGCCCCAAGUGGCAGACCAGAGGAAAACACUCUGCAGAUCGGGGCCUGCUUUCAGACUUCUGCCAGAGGCAUAUGAGACUAUUAUUCGAAGGAGGUGUGUGUGUUUUCCUGCUCUCUCCCACCCCCGAGAAAAGGCUGCUGGUUCCCCUUCACCCUUCAGACAUCCCUGAAAGUAUAUGUCAUCCGGCACCAAGGCCACCACAGUGGGCAUCAGCAAUGCAGGAGGGUCCUCUGGGGGUGCCCUGAGAUCUUGGUGGGGCAGAAGAAAUAGAGGCGAGGCUCAGCCUGCUCACUCAGAGGUUCCCACCCAAGCCAGGUCUUGAGAGGAAAAUGAAUUAUCUACAUGGUCAUUCAAUCAUCCACUAAGUGGCAUUCCCUGGGACCCAUCAUCAUGUACAAAGGCCUCCACAAGGCUCAGGGAUCCUCACCAUUAACAAAUGUGGGUGCUGUCCUCAGGGAACUGGAGAUCUAACCCAGUCAGACCCAGAUGCAAAGAGCUCUGACGCUGGAGAGAAUGAGGUUGAAGAAUACGAUUCAGCCACUCAGACAACGCACAUUAGGCAUCUACCAUCACAAGUAUGGUAAAGGAUUAGAAAGAGAAAGAGGGCAGAAAGAGGGCAGAGGAUGUGUGAGGACGUGGACCAGGGUGUCCUGAUGUCUGAGAAAGUCAGAGAGGGCUUCCCAGAAGAAGUAGCCGUUUGGUCUCCUCUUCCACCAGGAGGAGACGGGCAGGGGAGCAAGAGGGAGCAGCAUGGUAGCUGGGGGCCCCGAGGUGGUACGCACAGGGCUCCUUGGAGGAAUGGAAAAAGGGGGGCAGAGGCCCAAGAGGAAGUGGCCAGCUGGGCCAGAUGGGUCAGACCUUGUAGCCUUUUGUGAGGGUUUCAGAAUUUAGCCAGAGGGCAGUAGGAGAGCUUUCAGCAUUUUAAGCCUCGGAGAGAUAUGGGCAUAUUUGCAUUUUGAGAAAUCUCUCUAGGAGGAUGGCUGGGAUGGAUGGUUCGGAAGUCGGUGGGAGUAGAAGCAAGGAGGCCAGGUAGGAAGCUAAGACAAAUGUUUGAUGGUAUAAAAUAUAAAGUACCAUGAAUGUGCCGUUUGGCUGGGAUGCACCAAGCAUAAAUGUGGGGUAUGGGGUCAAAAGGUAGAACAUUAUAUUGGAUGGCUCCAUUUAUUGAAAUGCCUAGAUUAGCAGCUCUGUAGAGACACACCUGCCCGGGGGCUAGGGGUGAUGGGAGGUGGGUAGGAGGGGCUAAAUGGUAAGAGGGUUCUUUUGGAAUGAUGAAACAUUCUGAAAUUGAUUGUGGCAAUGGCCACACCACUUUGUGAAUGUAUUAAAAACCCCUUCAUUGUGCAAUUUAAAUAGGUGAAUUAUAUUUCAAUAAAACUGUUUAAAAAGAAAAGAAAAGGAAGGUUGAGGCUUGGUCCCAGAGGGCUCAAAUGCCAGGCUGAGGACGGGAAACACAUCUGUGGUAGUUACAGCAGCCUCUGGGGCAAUAGCUGGAUGGUGCAGCUGAGGCCCCUCUAAUGCCCCUUCUCCUGUCUAGGGUGGACUCCCUGCCAUCAGCCCCUGGUGCAGAGCAGCGUGGCACCCUGUCUCCCAGCCUGAGGUGCAGUGCUGCAUCUCUGGUCAGUUGGGAGUCUGAGAUGAAGCACUGUAGCUCGGGAAGGGAGAAGUUGUUCUGCGGCCGUUGCCUGGAAGCGGUAAGUGGUAGUGGUGCUUGCGGGCACCAGGAAGGACGGGAAUGUUUCCACUCUCCAUAUGGUCAGCUGAGGAAGUUGCUGGACUCAAGUCCUACCUGUGCCACUACCUGCUUCAUGAUUCUGGGCAAGGCCUGAAUCUUCUGUGCACCCCAGUUUGUCCAUCUGUAAAAUGAGGUGUUGGAGCAUUCAGUGGUGGCCAUUACCCAGCACCCUGACUCUGCUUUCGCUUUCUGAGCCCAUGACAGACACUGCUAAUC